ACUGAUCAGUAUACGCUGUACUGCACAGAGACUAUGCAACUGCGUUGAAUUACAAUAACAAGACAUUACUAGGUCGUAUAAAAGAAUACCAAAAGCAAACACGUUUUAUUAAUAGUAUUACAAAACACUGAUUUAUAUUUAACACCAGUGCCACACGUCUUGCUAUGGAGAUUUUAUGAUUGGAAUAGAACGAGACGAGGUUUCUACCGGGAUCCAGGAUGAGUGCUACGGGCUCGGGCACGGCGCCUUGCCGCUUCGCUCAUUACUUCGUGGUUUGUGGGAUAGAUACUGAGACUGGUCUUGAACCAGAUGAGUUAGCCGCAUUAUACCAAUGGCUAGAAGCAGAUCGUCAUGGCAGGAGCCAAGAUGCUGCAAACUCAGGGGAAAACUUUGAACAGAGCCCUCUGAGAAGAACAUUCAAGUCCAAAGUUUUAGCGCAUUUCCCAGAGACUGUUGAAUGGAACCCCUUUGACCAAGAUGCUGUUAAUAUGCUCUGCAUGCCCAAAGGCCUCUCCUUCCGGACCCAGGUGGACAACCGUGAGCCGCAGUUCCACUCGUACCUCAUAACCCGGGAAGAUGGCUCACGCACGUAUGGCUUUGUGCUGACGUUUUACGAGGAGGUAACCAGCAAGCAGAUCUGCACAGCCAUGCAGACGCUGUACCAGAUGCACCACGCUGAACACUCGGGCAGCGUUUGUGCCUCGUCUUCCUGCAGCAUGGACUCCCUGGCCAGCAGCUUGGAUGAAGGCGAUGCCACCUCUCUCAACAAGCUCCACUGCUGCAGCUCCUACGAUAUGAGCCGCGAUACCCUCUACGUCUCCAAGGCCCUCUGCCUCAUCACACCACUGCCGUUCAUGCAGGCCUGCCGCAAGUUCCUCACCCAGCUGCACCGGGCCGUCAGCUCCCAGCAGCCACCGCCCCUCCCCCUGGAGAGCUACAUCCACAACAUCCUGUAUGAGGUGCCCCUGCCUCCCCCCGGCCGCUCCCUGAAGUUCCAUGGAGUGUACGAGCCCAUUGUUUGCCAGAGACCCAGUCCCAGUGAGCUGCCCCUCGCCGACUACUCACUGAAGCAGGUCUUUGAGCUUCUGGGGGUGGAGAACUUAGUGCAGGUGUUCACCUGUGUCCUGCUGGAGAUGCAGAUCCUGCUAUACUCACAAGAUUACCAACGGCUGAUGACAGUGGCAGAAGGGAUCACAACGCUGCUCUUCCCAUUCCAAUGGCAACACGUGUACGUUCCCAUCCUCCCAGCAUCCCUGCUUCACUUCCUCGAUGCCCCUGUGCCCUACCUGAUGGGGCUCCAGUCAAAGGAAGGAACUGACCGCUCCAAGCUGGAGCUGCCACAGGAGGCAAAUCUCUGCUUUGUGGACAUUGAUAACCACUUCAUCGAGCUCCCAGAGGACUUCCCACAGUUCCCUAACAAGCUGGAAUUCAUCCAGGAGAUCUCGGCAGUCCUGCUCCAGUUCGGUAUUCCUCCCGAGGGCAGCCUGCCCUGCAGCGAGAGCGCCACCAAGCUGAAGAGCCUGGCACUGCACGACCUGGUCAACGACAAGAAGAAUGGCAACUUGCCUGGUGACGCCCUGGCUGUCUUUGAGCUGCUGCAGGGCAAUGCCACGCUGGAGCGGCUGCAGGCCCUGGCAAAGCGGACGGGGGUGACGGUGGGGCGCGUGCAAACGCUGGGCGACAGCACAGUGAAGGAGAAGGAUGGCAGGCUGCAGUGCGAGGAGGAAGAGCUGCGUGACGCCACGCUCAACGUGCAGGUCCGCGAGGUCUUUGCCAACCGUUUCUCACACAUGUUCGCCGACUAUGAGUCAUUCGUUAUCCAGAGUGCUAUGGACUUGGAAUCCUGGCUCACCAACCGUGAGCAAAUGCAUAACUUCGACAAGGCCUCGUUCCUGUCAGACCAGCCUGAGCCCUACCUCCCCUUCCUGUCCCACUUCAUUGAGACGCAGAUGUUCGCCACUUUCAUCGACAACAAGAUCAUGUCACAAUGGGAGGUAACGGAGCCGCUGCUCAGAGUUUUCGAUUCUCGCAUCGAGAAGAUGAGGCUCUAUAACGUGCGCAUCCCUAACCUCCGCUCAUCCAACUACCAGAAAAGCACCAUCUUAAAGGAAUCGGCCCAGUCUAUUGAACAGCGGCUCAUGAAGAUCGAUCACACAGCUGUCCACCCGCACCUGCUCGAUAUGAAGAUUGGACAAGGCAAAUAUGAGCAGGGCUUCUUUCCAAAGCUGCAGGCCGAUGUGCUGGCAGCAGGACCAACCAAUAACAACAGAUGGGCCAGUCGGACAGGGACAGCCCAGCGAAGGAAAGACCGCCUCAGACAACAUUCCGAGCACCUGGGCCUGGACAAUGAUUUAAGAGAGCAAGUAGAGGGGUGUCUGGUCCUGCAGAACUCAGUGGCAUUCUGGGAGUGGGAUCAGGGCCCACCUCCUCCCAUACAACCUCCUACAAAAUCCUUCUCUGCCUGCUGUCUGAAAUACAUGCAGGAGGCCAGGAGUUUAGGGAAGAGCUUGAGACAGCCCAAACUGUCGGACCUCUCCCCCGCCGUCAUUGCACAGACCAACUGGAAAUUUGUGGAGGGGCUGCUUAAAGAAUGCAGAAUGAAGACGAAGCGAAUGCUGGUGGAGAAGAUGGGCCAUGAGGCGGUGGAGCUGGGCCAUGGAGAGGCAAACAUAACAGGGCUGGAGGAGAACACGCUCAUCGCCAGCCUGUGCGACCUGAUGGAAAGGAUCUGGAGUCACGGGUUGCAGGUCAAACAGGGGAAAUCUGCCUUGUGGUCUCAUUUGCUUCAGUACCAAGAGCGGGAAGAGAAACUGGAGCAGACAGCAGUCUCUCCAGUUUUGCUAGGACCAGAGAGACGGAAAUCUGAGUCAGGAUUGACCAUGCCUUUCCUCCGGGUGUCCCUUAUUCAGGACAUGAGGCACAUCCAGAAUGUGAGUGAAAUAAAGACGGAUGUGGGUCGAGCUCGUGGCUGGAUCAGGCUCUCGCUGGAGAAAAAGCUACUCUCCCAGCACCUUAAACAGCUGCUCUCCAACCAGGCAUUAACAAAAAAGCUGUAUAAGCGUUAUGCUUUCCUCCGCUGUGAAGAAGAGAAGGAGCAGUUCCUCUAUCACCUCCUCACGCUCAACACGGUUGAUUACUUCUGCUUCACUAGUGUCUUCACUACCAUCAUGAUACCCUACAGAGCAGUGAUCAUCCCCAUAAAGAAGCUGAGCAAUGCCAUCACCACCUCAAACCCCUGGGUCGGUGUCUCGGGAGAGCUGGGGGACUCGGGAGUGAUGCAGAUUCCAAAGAACGUGCUGGAGAUCACCUUCGAGUGUCAAAAUUUGGGAAAGCUGACAACAGCUCAAAUCGGACAUGACAACUCUGGUCUGUUAGCGAAGUGGCUGGUAGACUGUGUGAUGGUCAGGAAUGAGAUCACAGGACAUACUUACAAGUUCCCGUGUGGCCGUUGGCUGGGGAAGGGGGUCGACGAUGGGAGCCUGGAGAGAAUACUGAUUGGAGAGUUGAUCAUCCCGUGUGCCGACGAGGACCUGAGCAAGCAGUGCAGAACCCCACCACUGCAGCGCUCCCCCACACAGACACGCCGCAUCAGCAUCACCUCACUGGCAGGCAAGAACAAGCCGAAUGCUGACCAAAUUCAGGAGGCCAUCGGGGAAGCUGUGAAUAAUAUUGUAAAACACUUUCAUAAACCUGAAAAGGAGCGAGGAAGCCUCACGAUCCUGCUGUGUGGUGAGAACGGUCUGGUCUCCGCUCUGGAGCAGUUUUUCCACCACGGGUUCAAAUCCUCCCGCAUUUUCCAGAAGAACGUCUUCGUCUGGGAUUUCAUAGAGAAAGCCAUGGCCUACUUUGAAAUGACGGAUCAGAUUGGGGACACUGAGGAGGGAAUGGAAUCCUUCAGAUCCAAGUGUAAAGUAUUCUGUCAUUAUGUGAACGCCAUCAACAUAACCCCAAGGAACAUUGGAAAAGAUGGAAAAUUCCAGCUGCUUGUUUGUCUUGGGGCAAGGGACCAUUUGCUUCCUCAGUGGAUCCCGCUCCUGGUGGAAUGCCCUCUAAUCACAAGGAUGUAUGAAGAAUAUGCUCUGCUCCGGGACCACCUGACAGUGAAUUCCCUCAUUCAGGCGCUACAGACAGUCCAUGAGUUCAAUAUUACACUGGAAUCCUCUCUGGUCAAAGGAAUAACCCUGUAGCCUUACUGUAUGUUAAAAAAGAGACUGGCUGUCAUGGGUCUACAUUCUGAGAAUACUGUAGGAACCUUUUUCUGGCCCAUAUUGCUGCUGGUAGUGCAACACUGGCAAGUAACAUUUAAUAGAUUGAAAACAAAAGAAGACAGCAAAGACUGGGCCACAAGAUGUGGGAGAAAGCAUCGUGGAGUGGGCAAGAAGUAAUGUAUAAAGCUGAAUACAGUAUUACCUAGCUUGUUUAAAGAAACUUUGAAAUUUAGAAAGAAUAUAGAAUAUUUUUCAUGGGUUUAGAUGUGUGUAAAUACGUUUUCAAUAAAAUAUGAAAGGUUAAUACAUUGCUAAGAUGAGUUUACCAGAAAACAAAAGACAAACAUGUUCUUAUGUAAUGCACUGUGUUUUGCUGACUAUUUAGUUCAGUAGAAUCUUCAGCUAUUGCUAGAAGGCAUGCUGUUAGUCACACUUGACAAGCUUGGUUCUGUUUUGUUCGUUUUUUUCAGGGAUGGUUUUCUGUCACUGGCAUGCCAUAGUUACAGCUUGGGAAUUCAAAUGUCGUCACUAGGCAAUAAAGUUUUUUACAGUGGAUUAGUCAUCAAUAUCAAACUAGUGGCAAGCCCAAGAUUUUUUGAUGAUCAAACUGUAUUACAGUAGAUCCAUCACCAUAGAUAUUGAUGAGUUAUCAGUGUGACAAACAUACCACUUUUAUGGAAUGGCCCUACUGUGCAAGUGUGUCCUUUCUGGAGCAAUUGAUGCACAGCAUUACUUCUCUAUCACAAUAUCAAAUGCAUUGUGAAAUUUACUACUGCUGUUUAUGCAAGCUUUGUCUGAGCACUUGAAAUAUCAGCUCUGAAUGGCUUUACUUUUUGGUCCAAUUGGAGAUUUCUGUGUUUCUUUUACAGCAACUGGGACCCUCCAGUACAGAACACUGAUCUGAUUAUAAUGGAACAUUAAGACAUCAGUAUAUCAUCAUAACUCAUGAUAAUGUUUGUGCUGGAAACAGUAUAUAUAUAGUAUCAGAACUGGAAACAUGUCGAAUUUCAUUGGAACAGAAUUGCAUUAAAAUAUAUAUUAUCUAUACAUAGAUAAUAUGAUCUAAUAUAUAAAAUCUAUAUGAUCUAGUGUAUUAAAUCAGUUGCAUACAUAUUUUAUGUCAUCAUAGGUAAAAAGUUUUGGCUGAUGAGUUUACCUAGCUAUUAUCUUGUGCAAUUAAAGGCCCAGCAAGAUAGCAGUGUUUUGUCAGGGCUGUUCUAGUUCAAUCAGCGUGGCCCUGUUUAAUAAGUACGGUGUAUAUAUAAAGUUCCAGUUCCACUUGUCCCAUCACUACAAUAGAUCUAAAAACAUGCUGCACUUUACACCACAAUACAUUGCUUAUGCCUACCUGGCUGUCCAUGGUCUUACAUAUUACAAACAGUAUUAAAGGCUCUAAUACUUGAUACACGGCGUAUUCCUGUCUUUUAGUGCAGCUGUGGUACUCUAAUUAAACCUAACUAAAUGGAUCAAGCAAUUUUUAAAAGGGUUAUGCACUCCUUAUGCAUAAGUCAACUAAAUCAUCUAGGUCGCCAGGCUUUCAGCUUUUGGAGUGUCCAUUUCUAAGUUCACUGUUUAGUAACUUAAUGAGUACUGUAACAUGGAAUGAUAUUUCAUUCGAGUUUGUUUAGUUGUCUUGCAUUUAAAUUGUGUUGUCCUUAAUUAAUGUGGGCGUGCUUUGUGGUGUGCCCGAUUUCAGUAUAAAUGUCAUUCUCCGUGCUCUGCAAUUGAUCCUACCAAUUGCCCGAUGCAGGAUUGCGUGUAAAUUAUAUGUGAGGCCUGUCCAAUAUCACCGCUAUUAAGGGAAUCCUAAUUAUUAAAUGGGGCAAACAGAAGGUUAUAUGUUGGGUUGUGUAAUCCUAUGUAUGUUGUAGUUUGUACAAACCCGAUUUAAAAUACCAUUGUUCAUGUUACUUCAAAUAAAGCCAGCUUUUAAAAUGUGUUUUAUAAUCUCAAGACUAAAAUAUUUAUAUUAACUUGCUACACCUUUUAGGUGUUAGUCUUAGAGGGUAGCAAUGUGUAUAUGGAUCUAUGUAGCUAAUAUUGUGGAGCAUGGCUCUUAACAGCUAUUCACAGUUUAAAUGGAAAAGUUUGCAAUUAUAGUAUAUGUUUACCCCUGAAAGAAAUUAAGUGAAACAGAUUAAAAAAAAUAAAUAAUAAAAACAGUAUUUAAAGCAUUGCUGUCUUGUUUUUGUUUAGGAUGUCAGUGUGAAUGCACGGCAUAAACACAGUUGUGUGUCUUAUUUUUUUAUUAAACUUAAGCUGUAGUGUCAGUGCAGUAAAAUGUCUAUUCACAUCACUGUUAUGUUGAAGUAUUUAUAAAACAUUUCAUUGAAAAA